GAACAAUCUGAGACCAUAGCCUUGGAUCCAAGACCUGGAUUUGUGGUCAAGACCAAGAUUGUGGAUGCACCCGAUGUUCAGCUCAUCGCAAGAAAGGUGUUUAUAAACAUAUGUCACGAGUCUAAAGUUCCACGACCCCAAAUUGACUUUGAGCCUGAAAAAGUGUUUCCACUCAUCAUCGACAACCAAUGGGAGAUUCCGAUGAUUGUACUGGUUCAGAAGGAAGAAAACGACAAAAAGGGCUUUCCGCUGUUUGUGUUGGAUUGUUGUAUCAACUCCGUGUGCUUCCAAUGGUGUCAGGUGAAUGCGGAUUUGCGCUCAAUUCUCAUCGAAUGGAGUAUUGAGUGUGUUGAGAUACUUCAUGGUUAUGUUCUUGAGAGACAGUAUACAAUACCCAAGAUGAUGUCCAAGGGCCAGUUGUCACAGACAGAGGUGCCAGUUUCUGAGCUCACUGCUUCUGCGCUCCAGGAGAAAUGGAACAAGUUGAAAAGCAACGAAACCUUGGGAUUGAUCGAGGCAUUGAACGAUCCAAUGGAUAUUGAUGAAGGCGAAGUCGAUAAUAAACCUCUUCCAAACUUGAUGAAUAUCUCGGGAACGCCAAAUGCACAAAAACAGAAAAUACUAAUCGAAGAGAUUCCAGAGAAGCAUAUAAAGAGUGUGUCAAAAAUCGAAGAAAUAGUAGAAACAAAACCAACAUCGAAGUUACAAGUAUCGAAGAAGUCAGAAAUCCCAAUAGAGCCUACUAGAUACGAGUUCAACGUAACCUAUACGCCGUUUCCCGAGAAUCAUGAUAGCCAGUUGUUGGUUAAGUUCCACAGUGAGCAGAUUAGCUCCGGAUCUGACUUGGAUGUAUUCUACGUGCCUAGCAUUCACAGUAUUCGAAUUGUCAACUUACUGGCUAAACAUUACUUCACGAAAGGACUGAAAGAGGACUACGUGGAUCUUCCCUUGGCUGAAGAGGUUAUAGUAGACACCAAAGUGAAAUCGGCCAUUGUCAUCGAGGACAACACCUUGUAUAUACUC